AUGAAGCGCGCGCACAACCCCCCGAAAGCGGCGCACAAAGCGCACAAGCGCCAGAAGCUCGAAAAAGCUUCAAACCCUGUGGCGAAGAAGCAGAAGCGCCGGGUGCAGCUGCAUGAUCUGGGAUGGAAGACUGUAGGCAUGCCCGACCGUCUCGAGGACACCGAAGGCUUUUACGGCCUGGAGGAGAUCGACGAUGUAGAAGUCAUCAAGGACGCAACAACCGGAAACAUCACGUUCCAGACAACGAAGACGGAGGAGGAAGUUGCAAACGACGUCGAAGCUGCUUGGAAGCGCGAGGAGGAGGAAGCUGCGCGCCUAGAAAAGAUGAUUGGCCAGGAGGGGAAAGAGCUCCCAGUCGAAGAGGAAGAAGCUGCAGAAGAGGAAGUUGAGCAAGGCACACCCGCAAAGGACGUCGCCGCGAGCGACAACGAGUCCUUUACAGGGUUCAGCGACGACGACGAGACGCCAGCAAAGAAAAGCGGCAUUGAAAUCGAAGACCUCAACCCAAACAGCGAGAUCGCCGACGGCCGAACGUUGACAAAGGACAAGGUGGAGACCAAGAAAGAGAAGCCAAAGACGAAGAAGGAGAAGAAAGCAGAGGCCAAGGCUAGGAGGGAGGAGGAGCAGAAGCUGAAGCAGAACACCACCGCCAACGCAGGGAAGCCCGAAGUCGUCGAGACCAACCCAGACUACAUUGAAGAAGAGGGCGUCGAGGCAGACGAGGACUUUGAGAUUUCUGGCGAGGGAGCAUUUGAUAUUCUCUUGAACCAACCGAAUGACGAUGACGAGGUGGUCGAUACAUCAGCAUGGGAGGAGCUCGGCUUGUCUGAGAAGGUCAUCGGCGCGCUGGCAGGCCUGAAGUUUUCGAAGCCAAGCAACAUCCAGGCCUCGACGAUACCAGAAAUCCUGGCUGGCAGGGACCUGAUUGGCAAAGCAUCCACGGGCUCUGGAAAGACGCUUGCGUUUGGCAUUCCUAUUGUAGAGCGCUAUCUAGCGACAAAGCCGACCCGUAAAGAGAAGGAUUCGAAUGCACCAAAUGUGCCUACGGCAUUGAUCGUGGCGCCGACCCGCGAGCUUGCGCAUCAGAUCACGGCGCAUUUGAACGAUCUCUGCGUCAAAGGCGACUUUGAUGCGCCAUCCAUCGCGACAAUCACGGGUGGUCUGUCCGUGCAGAAGCAGCGUCGCCAGCUCGAGCAUGCAGACGUCGUUGUGGGUACACCUGGGCGCCUGUGGGAGGUCAUCAGCAGUGGCAAGGGCCUACUUCGCUCGCUCAAACAGAUCAAGUUCCUCGUCCUGGACGAGGCAGAUCGAUUGCUCAGUCAGGGCCACUACCAGGAGCUUGGCGAGAUCCUCAAAGUUCUCGACAGAGAAGACGAGGAGGAAGAGGAUGACGAGCCAGCACCAGAAGUGGAGCGCCAGACUCUUGUCUUCUCGGCCACCUUCUCAAAGGGCCUGCAGCAGAAGCUCGCCGGCAAAGUCAAGUUCGGCAGCGGCACGGGCGACAUCAUGAACAAGGCCGACUCGAUGGAGUAUCUCCUCAAGAAGCUGAACUUUCGCGAAGAGCAACCCCGCUACAUCGACGCAAACCCCGAAUCCCAAAUGGCCAGCAAGCUACGCGAAGGGCUGAUCGAGUGCGCCGGACCAGAAAAGGACCUGUACCUGUACUCGCUCCUACUGUUCCACCCGAACAAGCGGGCCCUAAUCUUUACAAACUCCAUCUCCGCCGUGCGGCGCCUGACGCCCUUCCUAGCCAACCUCAACCUCCCCGCGCUCCCGCUGCACUCCAGCAUGAUCCAGAAAGCGCGCCUCCGCUCCAUCGAGCGCUUCAAAGAACGAGCCGGCUCGAUCCUCGUCGCCACGGACGUGGCAGCGCGCGGUCUCGACAUCCCGAAAGUCGACCUCGUGAUCCACUACCACCUGCCGCGCGCGGCAGACACGUACGUGCACCGGUCCGGCCGCACAGCGCGCGCCGACGCGUCGGGGUCCAGCAUCAUCAUCUGCGCGCCCGAGGAGGUGGCGGGGGUGCGGCGGCUCGUGGCCAAAGUGCACGCCAAAGCGUCGAGCGCGCAGGCGCAAACCAGCAAGAAACGCGCCUACUUCAUCCGCACGCUGGACCUGGACCGGCGCAUCGUGGCACGGCUGAAGCCGCGGGCGACGCUCAGCAAGAAGCUGGCCGACACGGUGAUUGCAAAGGAGAAGAAGAACAGCACCGACGACAUGUUCACGCAGGCGGCGGCCGAUCUGGGCAUCGACUACGACUCGGAGGAGUUUGACAAGGAGGCCAAGGGCAAGAAGGGCAGGGGCGCAGGCAGGAAGAAGAAGGAGAAGAGCGCGAGCGAGAUGACAAAGGCUGAGUUUGCGAGCAUCAGACACGAGCUCAGAGGCCUGCUGGCGCAGCGCAUCAACACGGGUGUGAGCGCGCGGUACCUCACCAGCGGUGGCAUCGAUGUCGAGGCGUUGAUCAAGGGCGAGGGGAACACUGGGUUCCUUGGUGCCGUGGACGGGCUGGGCUUCGACGAGGACGACGAGGUGAUCAAGCCCGCGCCCGUCCAAGAAGAUGCAGACGACGACGACGAGGACGAGGGCGACGGCGACGGCGACGGCGCAGACGAGACGGCCGCACCGAAGACGGGGACACCGGAGCAGAACAAGGCCAAGAAGCAAAAGUCGCGCAAGCGCAACGCCGAUGGGUCGAAGAAGAAGUGGAUCCACCACUAG